AGUCUUCUACAUCUAUAGGCAACAUAGUGGAGGGAGAGAGAGAAUCUAAGGAAUGGUGUGGUGCCAGCUAUGAAGAUGAAGGAUCAAAGCUUUCACUGAGGUCAAAGCUGGCAAUAUAUACCUUUUUUUUAUAUAUAUUUUUGGGCUUUUGUUUCCGCUCUCCACAACCUCCCCUAUUUACACUAGAAAUCUGCACAGAUUUUAAAUCAACAUUCAACCAUCACCCCCAUUUCUCUCUCCGCUCUGUUCCCAUUUUCCCUCUCCGUCUCGUUCUAUCCCCUAUAUAUUUUUUUCUUCCCCUUACCCUCAUUACAGAGGUCAAAGAAUGUGUGUGUGCAUUGUGUAGAUUACACAGCGAGAAGGGUUAGUGAUUGAUUCUUCUUCUGCCACAAGAAAAAUAGCAACCAUGGCUACUUCUCCAUGCCUCAGUGGGACUGAAAAGAAGCACUGGUGGCUUAGCAACAGAAAGAUUGUAGAUAAUUACAUUAAGGACGCUAGAAACCUCAUUGCAACCCAAGAACAGAGCGAUAUUGCUUCUGCUUUGAACCUUCUAGACGCGGCUCUGGCUCUCUCUCCUCGCUUUGAAGUCGCUCUUGAGCUGAAGGCUAGAUCUUUGCUUUACCUCAGGCGAUUCAAGGACGUGGCUGAUAUGCUUCAAGACUACAUUCCCAGUCUAAAAAUAGGAAAUGAUGAGUCGGGCUCUGUAUCUUCCGAAAACUCAUCGCAGCAGCUUUCAAGAGAGCGAGUCAAGCUUUUGCCUUCUAAUAACUCGUCCUCGGGAACAGCGGAAACGGAUCCGAGUUUCAAGUGUUUCUCUGUCUCGGACUUGAAGAAGAAAGUGAUGGCAGGGCUUUGUAAAAACUGCGAGAAAGAAGGGCAGUGGAGGUACUUGGUUUUAGGCCAAGCUUGUUGCCAUCUGGGCCUGAUGGAGGACGCCAUGGUCCUCCUACAAACAGGAAAACGCCUCUCAACUGCCGCAUUCCGCCGUGAAAGCAUUUCUUGGUCCGACGAUAGCUUCUCCAUUUCCAACUCUGCAAUCUCCGGCGACAUUAGCACCUCUUCGGCCCCUCCAACCCCUCCGCGAACUUUGACCGAAUCUGAGAGCAUUUCCCAACUCUUAUCUCACAUCAAGUUUCUACUCCGCCGCCGUGCUGCAGCUAUGGCCGCUCUCGACGCAGACCUAUAUUCUGAAGCCAUCCGCCACUUUACCAAGAUUGUGGAAGGCCGCCGCGGGGCCCCACAGGGAUUCCUGGCUGAAUGUUACCUGCACAGAGCUUUUGCAUACAAGUCUUCUGGUAGAAUUGCAGAGUCCAUUGGUGAUUGUAACAAGACCUUAGCCCUUGACCCUAGGUGCAUUCAGGCACUUGAGACCAGAGCCUCGCUCUUUGAAACCAUCCGCUGCUUGCCUGAUUGUUUACACGAUCUUGAACACUUGAAACUGUUGUAUAAUUCAAUCUUGCGGGAUAGGAAGCUUCCGGGUCCUGCCUGGAAGCGGCAUAACGUGAGAUACCGGGAGAUCCCAGGGAAACUUUGUGCAUUGACCACCAAGAUUCAAGAAUUGAAGCAGAGGGUUGCUUCCGGGGAGACUGGAAACGUUGAUUAUUAUGCUUUGAUCGGUCUGACACGUGGGUGUUCAAGAUCUGAGUUAGAGAGAGCUCAUUUGUUGCUUUGCUUAAGGCACAAGCCCGAUAAGGCUACCAAUUUUAUUGAGAGGUGUGAGUUUGCAGACGAUAGGGACCUUGAUUCAGUCAAAGAUCGAGCGAAAAUGUCUGCAUUAUUGCUCUAUAGAUUGCUACAAAAAGGUUACUCAGGUGUCAUGGCUACAAUUAUGAAUGAAGAGGCCGCAGAGAAGCAGAGAAAGAAAGCCGCAGCUGCUCUACAAGCAGCUCAAGCAAUUCAACUCCAGCAAACGACCCAGAAUCCCAAACCUGAGUCAAAUCUAUCUACAGUAGAGAAAUCAGGUCAUAAUAGAAUCAAUCCCACUGAAAAUAAAGUGGCAACAUCGUCAGGGACCUCCAAUCCAUCUAUGUUUCAAGGGGUAUUUUGCAGGGAUCUCACUGCAGUUGGGAAUUUACUAUCUCAAGUUGGAUUUAACCGUGCAAUUCCAGUGAAAUGUGAGGCAUUGAGCUGCUAAGUAACCAACAAUUCUCGGAGAUGUUACUGGCGGUAGAGUCUCUGGUUCAUUUUGUACAAAAUAUAAAAUUUUAGACCGUCAGGAAAUUUUGUCACCCUUAUCUUUAUUUGUUUUUCAUCCACUACAUGUACAUAAUUUUCAAAAUUUUAAUAUGCAGACCCAGUUUCUACUUUUGUCGGA